AUGCACCUAAAAAGGAGGCUCAGAACAGUGCUCGCUGAACCAGAGACGCGCAUCGUGAAUGGAAUCGAUGUCAAGUUCUCCAUUGAUGACUUGCGGGAUAAGGAUGAGCCUGAAGGAUGGGAUGGCAUCAGAAACUACGCAGCUCGCAACAACAUGAGAAACAUGAACGUUGGUGAUCUAGCCUUUUUCUAUGCAAGCAACUGCAAAGAGCCCGGCAUCAUGGGCACCAUGGAGAUUGUCAAGGAGUUUUCCGAAGACAAAUCCGCACGGCAACCAGGCGCACCUUACUACGAUCCCAAGUCGACCAAAGAGAAGCCCAUCUGGGACCUCGUGCAUGUCGAGUUCCGAAAGAAGUUUGCCGUUCCGAUUCAUCUCAAGGAGCUUCGUGAGCUUGGGAAGUCUGGUGGGCCUUUAGAGGCGAUGCAGCUGAUCAAACAGUCGAGACUCAGUGUGACCAAGGUCAGUGCUGAUGAGUGGAACACGCUUUGUGAGCUUGCCGACAAGAAGGCAUCUGAGGCUGGGCUAGAACACCAGGGGCCUAAAUAG